CUGUCUUGCAAACUGAUUCCCCUUUUUUAUUUUCAGAGAGCUUGGUAAUUGUAAUGACAAAGCAAAUGGUCUAUUCCAUGACAGACACACACACACACAAAAAAUAUUCAGGGAGGGGCGUGUGCUAGAUCAGUACAUUAUAGAAGUUGCUCUGUUCCAAGACAAGAACAGAGCAGUGGAGCACUUAACCAACAUAAAAAUGGACUCUGAAAAUCAAUUUUUCUCCAUGCAACAGCUUACACAAACCGUGGAUUAUGAUUAUGAUUACAAUGGUACCGACCCAUUUGGAGGAACCGGGUUGCCUAAAAUCGACCCCUUCCAAAUAGUGACCCUGGUCUGCUACGGGCUUGUGUUUAUCCUGGGCGUUCCCGGCAAUGCUCUGGUGGUGUGGGUGACGGGGUUCGGCAUGUCUCGCACCGUCACUUCCAUCUGGUUCCUCAACCUCUCCCUGGCCGAUCUUCUGUGCUGCCUCUCCCUCCCAAUCCUAAUGGUGCCAUUGGCCCACGACGACCACUGGCACUUUGGCCCCAUCGCCUGCACGCUGUUCAAGAGUCUGUUCUACCUGGUGAUGCACUGCAGCGUUCUGCUGCUGGUCCUGAUCAGUGUGGACCGCUGUAUGCUGGUGAGCUGGCCCGUCUGGUGCCAGAACAACAGGCGCCCUGGGAUGGCGGUCUGGGCCUGUGGGGGAGCCUGGGUCCUGGCGCUGUUGGCUACCAUUCCAGAGCUGCUCUUCACCAGGGAGGAGGCUUUGGGCAAAGAGAAGAAGGAGUGCUUGGGAAGGCGUUCUCAGGUCAACUCCCAGAUCAUCAUCGGUUUCCGUUUUGUUUUUGGAUUCCUGCUUGCUUUCGUGGCCAUCGUGUUAAGCCAUGUUGUGGUUUACAUAAAAGCCAGUUCGUUGUCCGGAUCUAUCCGCUCCAAACGCACCCUGAAGGUCAUCAUCGCUGUUUCCACCAGUUUUUUCUUUUGCUGGCUGCCGCUGCACAUUACGGACAUUCUGAUAACUUUACACAGUCGAUUUUCUCCGCAUCGGCAUAAGAUAAACAAAGCACACUCUCUUGCUCUCUGCCUGGCAUAUUUCAACAGCUGCCUCAACCCAAUUCUCUAUGUGUGUUUGGGUCGCGACUUCAGGUCCAGCAUGAAUCGAACCCUUCGCAGCCAUUUCAACUUCAUCAGAGAAGAACCCACGUGCCGUGAACCCAGUGCCACUCUCAACUCCAGUGGCACGGCGACUGCAGAGACGACUAGUGUCUGAUGGAGUAGCACCAGUGGCGGAUGGUGAUCCAAAAUGUUGGUGGGGCACAGUAUUAGACAGGGGGUCUGGCCCCCCCCCCCCCCCCCCCCCCCCA